CACACACUCACACACACACGCGCGCAUGCCCUUGCCCCUGCACACACACACGCAGCACGCGCCCUCCCUGCCCCGUCAUCCGCAACGUCACGUGUGCGCGUGUUUAUGGUGCUCUGCGACUCACUCGCACUCUCUAUCAGCCACUCACUCUCCACACGCACUCACUCUCCACACGCACUCACUCACUCGGAGACAUCACAACGUGGCUGAACGCUUCUGUUCAGAAAGCGAAUCGCGCGCCCACGACAUCUCAGCCGGGGGGACAAGAUAAUUGUUCAUCAGAGGAACUUCGCACUGGCUACUGCUGCUGCUGCUGCUGGAGAUAACCAACUUAUCCUGGACAAGUGACCGGUCAACUGGCUGGCUGGCCACUCGAACAGUCGGCUGGCCGGUGGGACAGCGGCCUGCCUUGAUCGGCAUCAAGAAAGGGCGGAGUAAUCCGCGAACCGGAUCGGGGCAGGGAGGAUUCCCACGCCCGUGUGUCCGUCCACCCGUGCGUGUGUCCGUCGGCGCGCCCCGCCACCACCACCACCACCACCACCGCCGCCACCACCGCCACCACCACCGCCACCGCCACCGGCGGCGGCAGCGGCAGCGCGAUGUCAUCCCGUGUGCAGCUCCGCCAGGAGCUCAUGCGGGAGCAGCUGCAGGAGCAAGAGAGAAGGGAGCUGCAACAGAGGCGGCAGCAGCAGCAGCAGCACUACCAGCAGCAGCAGCAGCACCAGCAACUACAGCAGCAGCAGCAGCAGCAGCUACAGCACCAGUACCAGCAGCAGCAGCACUACCAUCAGCAGCAAGGCACGCAGUGCGGAUCGCUGACGGGGCAGCACCGCUCGGACUUGUUGCCGCUGGUGACCAGGCCGCCCCCCAGCCCGGCCAUCUCCAUGAGCCUGCCGGCACGGCCCCCGCUGCCGCCCGUCCCCGUGGAGGUGCUGAAGGUCCAGACUCACCUGGAGAACCCGACGCGGUACCACAUCCAGCAGUCCCAGCGGCAGCAGCUCAAGCAGUUCCUGUCGACGACGCUCGGGUACAAAGUGGCGAGCCAGUCGCUGGCUCGCUCCCCGCAGGCUCAGCCGGGUGGGGGGCAGGCCACGGGGGGCUCCCUGCCUUUGCCGCAGCAGCAUCAGCAGCAGCAUCAUCAGCAGCAUCAGCAGCAGCUGCACACCAGCGUGGGAAGCAGCGCCCCCAACAGCCCCAUGGCCAUGUUGAACAUCGGCUCGAGUUCCGAGCGCGAGCUCAGCGGGGCUCAGCAGCAGCAGCAGCCGACCUCGUGGAGUCUGCCAACCUGCCACACCGAUAUGAUGGACGACGUGAUCGAUGACAUCAUCAGCCUGGAGUCGAGUUACAACGACGAGCCCUACACGGGCAUAGGCGCCCGCCUCGAAGUCACCAACACGCUGCCGCUGUCGAGCAGCCUCUACGACGGCUAUGGGGGCCAGGCGCUCGCAGUGCCGGCCGUGGCGCUCACCAGCUCCUCGUGCCCGGCCACGCUGGACAACGUCAAGCAGGAGGUGACCGAAGUUGAAGCAAGAGCCAUCGUGAAGGAGCGCCAGAAGAAGGACAACCACAACCUGAUUGAGCGACGACGGAGAUUCAACAUCAACGACCGCAUCAAGGAGCUGGGGACGCUCAUCCCCAAGUCGAGCGACCCCGUGCGCGAUGCGGCGCAUUGCAGGGACACGCGCUGGAACAAGGGUACCAUCCUCAAGGCGUCCGUCGACUACAUCCGCCGCAUGCAGAAGGAGCAGCAGAGAGCCAAGGAGAUGGAGCUGAGGCAGCGGCGCCUAGAGCACACCAACCGCAGCCUGCUGCUCCGCCUGCAGGAGCUGGAGAUGCAGGCCCAGGCUCACGGCGUGCCCAUCGCUUACUCCGUGCCGCCCGACGUGCCGCCCAUCAAGCGGGAGACGCCGGGCGGCGGCGACGACGGCGCCGCCGCUCGCCGCGACGGCGACUUCUUCCGCUCGGCCCCCGGGUCGUGCGGCGGCGGCCGCGGCACGCCGGACCCCGUCGACGGCACGCCGAGCUUCGGCCCGGCGGCGGCCGGCUGCUGCGGCGGCGGCGGCGGAGACGCGAGGGGAGCGUCGGGCGGCUUCGCGGCGGACGAGCGUCUGCCGGGCGUCUACUCCCCCGAGCCGGACCCGACGUCGCGCCUGGAGGACAUGCUCCUGGAGGACGACUUCUCCGACUCGCUGCUUUCGCCGUUCUCGCCGCGCUCGCUCAGCCGGCAGGGCAGCUUCAGCAUGGACGACGGCUGACGCCGCCGCCGCUAGGCUCCGGCGAUCGACCGUUCCGCCGAGGGCGACUCCCGCCCGCCCCUCCCGAUCGGUCGAUCGCAGCGAAGAUCCUCGGCGAUCGUCGGACAUGCGAGCAACGCGCCGGUGGCUCGAGAGCGUCGCUGUCUUUGUUGUUGUUGGAAUCGCCGCGCUGCCGCCCCCGCUGGUGUAGCCGAGCGCAGUUCGCGUGGACUCGGCGCUCCACGUCCCCUCGCUUCUUUCCACUCGGGAAUCUCCCUCCCCGUUAUUUUAGUGGUUUUGUAAGUAUCGUCACCGCUGUAUUUAUAUUUUUAAGAGGAACUUUCCAGUUGAUAGAAAAUAAGAAACGAACCAGCGUACGUGUUGUGGUUCUGGCUGUGGGGGACGCGGUGGAGAGUCCGGGAGAGAGGGGGAGACGCUCUGACCCUCAAACUCCUGCAUGGCCACACGUGCCCCUCUGACCCCUUUAAACUGCAGUAAACCCCAAGAAAUGCCUUAAACCCUUGAACCCCUAAACAUGCCCUUAAACCCCAACACGCAGCCUUAUGCAGCAACACGUGUACUGAAACUCAGGAUAUGCCUUUAAAAUGUAAUGUGUCAACAGAAAUCUCGGCUGAUGCUAAUAUGCCCUUUAAUGUGCCUUUGAACCGUGUCCCUUUAAACUCGUCCGUGUGCCUUUUAAACCCACCCCAUGCCCCUUUAAACCCAACCGUGCCCCUUUAAACCCAACCGUGCCCCUUUAAACCCACCCCAUGCCACCCCCCGUUGAAGCCGACCGUGUGCCUCUCCCCCCCAGUGGACACGGAUGGCUGAGACCGCUCUUUGUAAAUUCCUCGAAGGUCGUUUUUGCCGGCCCAGUCUGCUGGGCACAGGCGACAUCACGAACCGCGGGCCGCAGAGAUCAGAGGGAGGAACGCCGCCGUGGCCUGGCGGUGGCUCGCUGGCAGAGCCAGCGGCCCGCAACCAGAACGCGGCGAGCUCGCACCCUGGCUGGGGAAGGUUCGACUCGGCCCAUCAUCACCGUCCCUUCGCUGCGUGGUCGAUAAAACGAGUACCGCCAAGUACCACCAUUGUGGGGACGUCAACAGUGGCUGCGCCGUAGAUAGACUCGCCCCUGCCAUAGGAAUGUGGAGUUUCCACCGCUGGAUCUGGAGGGCCGUUAACGGGAGAUGUGCGAGCAGCAGGAGGUGGCUCCGACUCGCGACUCGCGACUCGCGCGCUCCGCCGGUGCGCGUCCCGGGAGUCACGGGAUUCCACCCCCUGAUGUUCACGACGCCGCGAAACUCCUCUUUUCCGCAAUCAUGUGGAGGGGGGGGGGGGCAGUUGGCAGAUAAUAAAUUUUGCGGAUUUGAGUCGUUAUCUCCGUUGUCGUGAUACUCAGCACAAUCGUGGCACGGAUUUCGAGACCGCCUGCACGCGGCCACGUCUCGAAAUGCUGCACAGGACUGUGGGAAGUGGACAUCCUUGGGAAAUGUAUUUGCUCGUUUGAUGUCGAGAGAGGGAGGCAGGCAGCAAUAGGCAGAGGAGGAAGGUCUGGAGCCAGGACUUGAACAGACGCAGGCAGUCGACAGCGCGGGUUGCUGGGAGAAGGCUGGGGGCAGCAGAGGAGAGUGAGCGACCUCCCCUGAGCUUUGACAGAAAGCCUUAGUUCUGGGGCAGAGUAGAGGGGAGCAGAGCGAGAUAAUAGGGGAGAGGCAGGAGUGUACGUGGAGGGGAGUAGAGUGAGAUGAGAGGGGAGAUGUAGGAAGGUCGAGUCCAAGGAGGUUCUUCAAGAUGUUGAUAUUGACUUGGAAUCUAAUUGGCAGCCGAUGGAGGGAUGUGGGGAGAUGCACGUGGGGAGGCGAGGUACGUGGGGAGGCAGUUUUUAGAGACAGUUGCAAUAGUCGAGUCGGCGUGAGUGGAGGUCUCGGUGGCAGCUGGGUGAGGAUCUGAUAGAUGCGGGAGAUUGAGCAGAUGGAGAUGUGAGGCCUGCAGAGAUGACACUCGUGGGACGAGAGAACGAGAGCUCAGGACCCACGCCGAGGGUCCCCUCCGCGUGGGCAUCGUGCCCACCUCCCUCCAGACUCGCAGCCUUCUGUGAGUGCAUCACUUCAGCAGCAUUGGUUUAAAACAGGCAAACUCUUCACCGGAUUACACAUUCAGUAUCUCAGCAGAGCUAGGCCUGCUUGAGCCAAUGCUGGUGAACUGACGGAUAUUUAUCGGCAAGGUCCACACUUUGUGUUAGAUAUGGGUCUUAGUUCGAUGCAAAACACUGCGAUAUACAGCGCAGAAUUGCCAUUGGGGUCGCUGUGGAGAACGCACGCGAGGACAAUCAAAUGAAUGAAUCAGCAGGCAGAUCCGACUGUGGCCGCAUGUCCUGAGUGAAGAUGCGGAUAACAGGAUGAGCUCGGCCGCGGGUAAACGCGAGUUCUCGCAGGCCACGGAUAACGCGGCUUGCAGACCGCCGGGGUCACUGCCCGAGGUUGCGAGCCGCUCGCUGUGCACGUGACCCCAGGCGCCAGCUCCGCAUCCCAACCGGGUGACGAGCGCUGUUCAAUCGCUCAUGGGGAAAGCCGGUGACUCUGUUGGAACGGGCGACGCGAACGUUAGCAUCACGUCCUUAUUCGCUGUGCGGCUGACGAUGUGGACGCCGUGAUGGUCGUGGUGGUUGUGGUGGUUGUGGCGGUGGUGGCGGUGGUGGCGGUGGUGAUGCAGCUGUUGGUUUUGCACAGGCGUUUCGCCACCGUCGGGCUGGAGUGACCACACGAGGGAGAGAGUUUCUGCUAUAAUUAUAAUGAUUUAUGAUUAUUAUCAUAAACGUCUCAAGACGGUGGCGCUGAGAGCUCAAUUCGGCCGAGAUGAGAUGUCGCCGCGCGUGCCGGGCUCGUGUUGCCUGUCGGUGCAAGCGGCGAGGUUCGGGACUUUGCGCGAACGUCGCCGGCGUUGCGCCCGCGGCGUUCAGGGCAGGCGAGGAUGCGCCUUCUGACGCGGCUUGCCGUCGCCAAGAGCUUCGACACAAUGUUUCUUGAACACCAGCUUGAAUUUUUUUAUGGUUAAAGUUAUGUUUUUGUAGCAAAUACUUGAUCUCUUUGCCUGUGGUUUAAUGCUCUAUAUAUUUUUCUCCCUCGCUCUCCAUUUUUAAUAAGAGUAUUUUGUAAAACGUCGUGAUUUUAUUUAAAACGUCGGCCGGGCGUUGUGUGUUGUUGUUGUUGUGUUGGUUGGGGUGUAGCUCCAGGAGGAGGAGUUUGCACAGGCAGACAUCGCCCUGUUGCCCUCCGCAUUGACGCCACCACAGGCGCCUCUAGUCCCACGUGACGGCCACGUGCAAGUUGGAUUUGCUGAUGACCGGAAUGUUGGGAAGGGACAUGCGAUGAAGAUCAUGACGGUGAUCAUGAUGAUUAGGAUAAUCACUGGUGGUGGCAGUGGUGAGGACUAUGACAAUCUGUAAUGAUGAUGAUGGGGUAAUUGUGGGUGGUCGUGGUGAUGAUGAUGAAGCCACUGUUUGGCAGUUUCUCUUUGGGUCUCUGUGUGAGUCCCUGGUUUGUGUGAGUCUAUGUCUCUGUAUGAGUCUGUGUGUCUAUGCGACUAAUGUGACUAUGGGUUCUCUGCGUGAGUGUGUGGGUCUCUGUGAGUCUGUGCGUCUCUUUGUGGGAUCUGAAGCCAAAGGCUUCACACUCUAAUUUCUGACUGAAUCAACCUGCAGACAUCACCACUCCAGCUUGGAAAACUCGGGAGCGGAAUCUAUUGAGUUUUAUAACUGGAACCGGGAUAGGUUUGGCACCGGUCCGGCAAGCAGUAUCUGUGCUCGGGGUGGCAGGAAUCGAUUUUCACCCAGCUCUUGUAUUGAACUUUAUUGCAGUAAACUGCACGGUUUUGUUGAUCGACCUCGUGCUGACCGAGACACGUGCCCAGGUUUGGUCUGUGCAAAACCCGGGCCGGGUGUCGUCGCCUCAACCUGGAGCCGUGACCAGCCCACACCGACCACCAUCACUCCACUCUCCUCCAUGGCCAUGGAAGAGAUGAAAGCGGCGUUGCUGAGCCGUGCUAAGGCAGCAACAACAGCAGUGACAGUGGCAUCACCACUGCCGCCUGUGUUGAGUCGCGUGUUGGUAAAUAAAUACUUUGUGACUUUUCAAGA